AUGACCGCUGUCUUACACCCGCUGGUGGAAGCGAAACUAUUAAAUCACGCUCUAGCAGGGCUGAGGCCGUGGUGGUGGCAUGCGUGCAACGUUGCGCUACACGCUGCAUGUUGCGCGUUAGUGGCGCGAGCUUGCGUCACUAUCGCGCGACUGCAGCGUCCGUUCGCUGCACUAGCGGCACUGUUGUUUGCCGUGCAUCCUGUACACACUGAGGCGGUAGCUGGAGUAGUAGGCAGAGCUGAUGUGUUAGCUUGUAUUUUUUUUCUAUCAUCACUUCUAGUUUAUCACAGGCCUCCGAGCAACAAGAAGUGUGUUUGGCUCAGCGUCGUGCUCGGAGCUCUCAGUAUGCUGGCCAAAGAAACUGGCAUCAUGAUAUUUAUACUCAAUCUAGCCUUCGACUUUUAUAGAUGUUGGCCGUUUGUUAAAAGAUCAAUAUGUUCCUUAAAAAUUGAGAAGAAAUGUACAGGGCUAUCACUAAGGACUAUAAAAGUGGUAGUUUCUUUAGCCUUGCUGGUCUGUCUGAGACUAGCACUAUUACAAGGGACGUGGCCCUCAUUCUCGCCACAAGAUAAUCCAGCUGCCUUUCAUCCUAGUUUUUUUGUCAGAUUGAUGACGUUCUGCUACCUAGCGGCAUUCAACUGGUGGUUGCUCCUAUGUCCGUGGACUCUCAGCCACGACUGGCAGAUGGGGUCAGUGCCAUUGAUCACCAGCGGUUGGGACCCCAGGAACUUGCUCACUUGUGCCGCUUUUGGGGCACUGCUGGUACUGUGCUAUCGGUUUAUUGCCGAUUUAGAGGUACAGAAGCACACGCCAGCAGUGAUCGGCGUCCUCCUAAUGGUUCUACCCUUUGUGCCUGCCAGCAAUUUAUUGGUAACAGUGGGAUUUGUAAUUGCCGAGAGAGUGCUUUAUAUACCAAGCGUGGGUAGUGUAAUAAUCACAGCGUACGGUGUACAACUGAUGUGGUGUUCGAAGCCUGGCACGAAGGUGUACCUGGCGAUUGGUCUGGCGGUCCUCGCUGCCAGUGGAGUCGCCAGGACACAUCGUAGGAAUGCUGAGUGGAGGGAUCGAGCUACUUUAUUGAGGGCGGAUUUAGUGACUUUGCCGCAGAACGCUAAACUGCACUACAACUUGGCGAACUUUCUACGCGAGACAGAACAACAAGACAGUGCCAUCAAACAUUACAAAGAAGCUUUGAGAUUAUGGCCAAGUUACGCGAGUGCUCACAACAACAUAGGCACUCUGGUGUCGGGUAUGGAUAACGCUGAACAUCAUUUCUUACAAGCGAUAAAGUUUAAUAAGUACCACGUGAAUGCACACUACAACCUUGGCAAGCUUUAUAAAAAAAGUGGUAGAAUGCAGCAAGCAGUAACAAUGUUAGAAAAAUGCAUAUGGCUACAGCCUAGAUUCGUGCAGGCGCAUGUCGAACUAUUGUCUCUAAAGACAGAGAAUGAGAAGCAGAGGAUUCUGAAGAGACUGAUUGACCUGGAACCGAGUAACUGGGAACAUUAUGUGCUGUAUGGUGAUUGGUUGAGAAGUAGGGGGUUGCCAGCACCAGCUGCAAAAUACUACCUAGAAGCAACAAGACUGAGUUUUAGGUAUCGAGGGGCUGAGAGGAACGUUAGAGCAGACCUGAUCACCUUCAGGUAUACUGCGCUCAUGUACCGGUCACUGGGACAGAAGUCUAGGACAUUGCAGUUACUAACAAGGUGGCACACGUGGAGACGAGGUUGGCCGAGUGCAGCAGCAGCUCACAUGUACCUAAGAGACUGGCGACUCAAAAUGGAGCUGGAAGGUCGAGCACAAAUAUAUUCUAAGGCUGUCAGUCCUACAAAAUCAACAAAAUGCUUCGACCACACACAGCUAGCGGUCGGAUCAAAAGAAGAACGAAUACCACAAAAAGAAGAAAAAAAUAAAACUGUGGACACAAAAAGUGCUAUCAAAAUCUCAAGUGAUAAAAAAGACAGUGACAAUAGAUCGUGCGGGACCAAAAAACGUAACUUAUCUGUUUCGUCACAAAUAAAGACAACACACAAUAAAUCUGAGAUCGGAUUAAAAGACAAAAAGUGUACCUUGCAUAGAAAAGAUAAGAAAAAGAAUAAUGGCGUCAUAGCGAACAUAGGUGCGCCAUUGGCUGAACACAUACUUAUGAAGACGUAUUAAUUUGAUGGCUUUUACACCAUGUGAGACAAGCAAUCCUGACUGGUUAAGUUUACAAAAAGAUGUAGUAAAGGUAUCAAAGUAUCGUAUCCAAAAUUAUUUCAACCUAACAAUUGUUGCAAUUGUUAAUGUCAAUGAAGAUCAGAUUGAAACGAAAAUGACAAAGAUAUUCGAGAAGAUUUAAACAUUUUACUUGAAAGACUUUUGGCUUGCUUGUCAACAAGUUACCUCAAGUGAUUUAAGUGACAAAACAAUGAAUGAAACCAGUUCACGAGACUAUAUCCAUCAAUUUUGGAGUGUGAUAUUUUGAGCGUGAAUGUUUCUUUUGGCAUAGGAAACGCUUGGCAGAAUUUUUUUAACAAAAGGUUAGUUCUAGAUACGCCGACAAUAUCGCAAAAUGUAGUUAAGAUGAGAAACUUCGUGUUUGGAAAGUUCCAGACUGUAAUGGAGUUUCCAAAUUCGUUGUGUUUAGAUAGAAAACUAAUUUAAAACGAUGUUUAGUGAUAAUAAUAAGAGAAACAAUCUAUUUUUGUCAGAAUGUAUGGAGGGUGAUUUAUAUGAAAAUGCACAAAAUUUUUACGCUAGCAUUAGUCUUUUGUAAGGUUCCGAUGAUGUUUGUUUCAAAAGUAUUAUUUUAUUGUACCUUUUUAAUAUGGACACAAUGUUUUGGGAAAAUGGUUAGAAUGAUGAUUUUUGUACAUUAUUUAUUUAAUCCUACUAUUGUUGUUAUAAAGGCUAAGGAUUGUGCCACAGCUAGUAAAGAGUAUGCGCUUGACCUUACCGAUCGGUAUGUACCGCAGAUGAUUGAACAAUAAGUCAUUAACUUUAUUGUCAAAACACACAUACGAUAUAGCGGUUAUUUAUUUUGUUGUUGAUAGCUACGAAAAUUAAAAUGUUUUUGUAAAUUACCCGUGAUGUUCUGAUCUAUAGAUACAAAAUCUAAAUUAUUUUUAGAAUGUAAUUCUUGAUAUUUAAUUUUUUUUCUUUCUUUUUUAGUCGUAUUUGAAAAUAGACGUCAGCGAUUUUUUUUUAAAGUGCUCUUUCUUUGUUAUUUCGAAAAUAGGUACUACUUGUUUUAUUUUAUUAUUAAUUUCAAUUUUAUUACUAAAUUUAAUUCAUGUCUAAUCAACAAUCUAAGAAACUAAAACUCUACACCGCCGCAAUAAAAUAGAAUAUUUAUCAACAUUUUUGUUGAUACUAACGACAUUUCGACACAUGUUCAGAAUAAUACAUGAGCAAGUAAUAUAAUGAUUGCUGUCAACAACAGAAUAAUAAAAGGCGAU